AUGGUUCGAGAAUUUAUUUUGCCGCAAUUGCUUCUAUUAAUAAGCUUGCUUACUUUUUCACUGGCAAAAAGUGUUGGUGAUUGUACAAUUAAUGCUAUUCUUUUAAGGUGUCCUAGUAGCACUAUGAAAAAAUUGCCAUUUGAGUCUGAAUUAAUAUUAAACAUAAAUUUUGCUCCUAAUCUAAUCAUGAAUAAUGAGGAAACGUUUUUAAUUCUGGAUGAAGCGUAUGAUCCAUUAAGCCGACGAAAUUUAAGGAUAUUGUCGCCGUACGUUGUAUUAGUUAAUAACAUUAAGCCUAUGACAAUGUACCCCAUACAUAUAUAUAAUUGGACCAAUUAUAAUGUCAAUAAGACCAAACAUUUUAAUGGAUGCUAUAAUAGUAGUAAGUUAAAAUAUGAGCUUAUAUAAGCAGUCUAUUUUCUAACUCAUAUGACAAAAGAACUUCAUAGAUUAAUGGAAAUACAUAAUGAACUGCAAAAACAAACAUUCUUUUUUAACAAACAAUGCAUAAAUCCACAUAAAGCUCAAAUCUGUGAUUUUGAAAUACCAUGGAGAGAAAACCAUACUAAAGAAGACAAUCACAGGUGGUUGACAAAAAAUAAUGAUAAGCCAAAUGCCUGUAUUAACAUGUUUUUAAAAAGUGACCCAGAUGUCUAUAAAGCUAUGACACGUACAAAUCCUUUUAUCAUUGGUACUUCAACGACUCAACAUGCAAACGGAAAGAAUCUGCAAAGUCGCAAGAAAAUUAAUAAUUUCUACAAUAAUUAUUAUAAGAGCAAGAGAAAGUCUCCUAAGCUCCAACAGCAUGCCCCGCAUCCAUUACAGAAAGCUUUUGCAAAAUGCGAACAAAGUAUAUUUUAUUCAAUUUUUAACAUAAGUACUCCGCACUCCUAUAUGUCAGCUAGAUUGCGUAUAUUUCGAAAGAGAAAAAACACAUGGUGGAGGAUUGCUUCAACAAUAACAUUGAAUAGUUUGUUAGGCACAAUUUUCAGCGAAAAUCUGACAGCACUGUUGACAGCGUAUGAAGAUAUACUUCACUCGCCAAAUACUAAUUUAACUAAUAAAUUAAAAGUCAUUGAUCCAUCGAAGAAUCUUAAUGAUUUGCAAGCAUAUAAGAAUACAAUUUUGCAAUUCCUAAAUCAUAAGUCAAAAAAUGUUCUUAACCCUAAACCAAAUGUUGAUACUGGAAAGCUAAGACAGCCAAGAAAAGAAGCGAUGACCAAUAUUCAACAAAAGCAUACAGCAAGCAACUUUUUGGCGAAAUGUCCCAAUAGUAACAGAUUGUGUUUCAAUGUUCUUGGCGAUCGACUGCCUGCCUUUAAUAUUAAAAUAAAAGUGCCUUUCAGAGAGAAUGCCGCUCAUCAGACUACCUCAAACGUCUUAUUAUCCAGGAUUAUAACUGACGCUUCCACUAAAGAUGCACUUCAAAUUUUUGCCGAAAUUAUCAAUAAAGGUCACAAAGCACGUAGUUUCUCCAUAAACAUAUCCAAUUGCCCCCUUACAGGAUCGCCCUCUUUAAUAACGACUGUUCGGAAAGUCUUAUAUCCUAAUAUUGGCGAAACUAUAACAUUCCUAUUGCCUUUUAUUAUGGGAACGAAAAGAAAUAUAAAAUUUAGUUGCGAAGUGGUUGUGAAGGCCAAUAUUGAAACAAACAUACAGGAAAUGAAAUCGAAUAAAGCAAAACGGUUGAAAUCAAGCCUUCUUGUAGUUUCGAAGCGCUCAAUAGAUAUAGAAACUCAUUCAAGAUGCUUUUGCAUAUGGAGAUGUCAUUGUCAAUGUAUUGGAAAAAUAGAAACUCAUAUAAGUUCCAAGGUCUGCAAAAAAAUGAGUUUUUCCUCAAUAAAACGCGCUGGCCUACUUAUGCACUGCCCAGCUAAUGAAGAAUCAAAUGAGCUGUGUUUAUUAGACACUUGCAGUGAGUCAAAGAAUUAUCAAGUUGACUUCAUUUGGGAAAUAAUUGAAGUUGCGCUUAUAAUAACAUGCUUAUUUAUUUUACUGCUUUGUUGCUGCAAAUGCUUUACACCCAGAAACGAAGAUCUUUUAGUAGCAAGUACAGAAUGGAAAUGUCUACCUAAAGUCAGAAAGUGCUUGAAUAAAUAUAAUACAGAAAUAAUACCAAAAUAUAAUCCAAAGAAAAACACACCAAACGAGUCAAGUCAGUCCCUGUAUGUAUUUACAGAUAUGAAUUCCAAGCAAUAUCCCAAAAAUGUGGGUAAUCUUGACAGUCCAUCAGGUCCAUCAUGUUACCCAAUUUGUAGUUCAAGUGUUAAUCAAAUUGAUUUGUUGGAACUGGCUCUUGUUUCGCUUAGAAAACAGAAGCAAAAGUUAAGAAAUCAAGCAUUUAAAAAAUAAAGUUUAAAAUGGUUUAUCUAUUACAUUUAACCUUACCACGAAGGAUUGAAAUUG